AUGGUCACCAAUUUUUCCCAGACGGAAGCAGUGGAGUUCUGCUAUGAGAAUGUGAACGGAUCCUGCAUUAAAACCCCGUACUCACUCGGACCUCGGACAGUUCUGUAUGCAGUGCUAGGCCUCGGAGCUGUGUUGGCCGUGUUUGGAAACUUACUGGUCAUUAUUGCUAUCCUUCACUUCAAGCAACUGCACACACCUACCAACUUUCUGAUUGCGUCCCUGGCCUGCGCUGACUUUUUGGUGGGAGUGACUGUGAUGCCCUUCAGCACGGUGAGGUCUGUGGAGAGCUGCUGGUACUUUGGGGAGAUUUACUGUAAAUUUCACACUUGCUUCGAUACCUCCUUUUGCUUUGCGUCUUUAUUUCAUUUAUGUUGUAUCUCAAUUGACAGGUAUAUUGCAGUUACUGAUCCUCUAACCUAUCCAACCAAGUUUACAGUACCAGUUUCAGGAAUAUGUAUUCUUCUGUCCUGGUUCUUUUCUGUAACGUAUAGCUUUUCCAUCUUCUACACUGGGGCCAAUGAGGAAGGCAUUGAGGAAUUAGUGGUGGCUCUUACCUGCAUCGGAGGUUGUCAGGCGCCACUGAACCAAUACUGGGUUAUGCUCUGUUUCCUUCUAUUCUUUAUACCCACUGUUGCCAUGGUAUUUAUAUAUGGCAAGAUAUUUUUGGUAGCAAAACAUCAGGCUAGGAAGAUAGAAAGUACAGCCGGUCAAGGUCAGUCUUCCUCAGAGAGUUACAAGGAAAGGGUUGCAAAACGAGAGAGAAAGGCUGCUAAGACGUUGGGAAUCGCCAUGGCUGCAUUUCUUGUCUCUUGGCUCCCAUACAUUAUUGAUGCAGUGAUUGAUGCAUAUAUGAAUUUUAUAACACCUGCCUAUGUUUAUGAGAUUUUAGUGUGGUGUGUUUACUAUAACUCAGCCAUGAACCCCUUGAUAUAUGCUUUCUUUUACCCAUGGUUUCGGAAGGCAAUCAAACUUAUUGUGAGUGGGAGAGUGUUAAGAGGAGACUCAUCAACAAUUAACUUGUUUACUGAGGAAGCAGAUACAGAUUGA